AUGGCGCAGUCUUCGCUUAUCGACAAUUUCGUCACGGGCUUGGAGUAUGCUUUGGGAACUACAAGGACCAUCAUCUCCUUAGCAGAUCAAUGGAGCCUAGAGUGCCCAGAUGGAAACGAGAAUGCCGAUCUGGCGGAAUAUCUUCGACUUACCGGAAGUUACCCGUACUACCAUGAUUCAUAUCACAAUCUACACGAUUUCCGUAAGCUAUACGAGGAGAAACACGGAAAGCCGCCUUUUGUUCACAGAGCGAUGCAUUGGCAAUGGUAG